GCGAGCGUCUUUCCGAUCAAGCUUUUGAAGACAUGAACUUCGUCCCUCGCGGCACACUGGCGAGGCUCCAGCCACUAUGCCAAGUUCGUAACGGGCUGCCCCAUUAUACGAGCCUUUCGCACGACCAAGAGCCCACGUUGUACUUGAUUUUGCGGGGCGCCAUCGCCCAGUUUGAGCAGAUAGGGGAGGACAUCACGGUCGCCAGAAGUGGCAAGCUUCACGCCGAGGUGAAGGGCUUCACUGGUAGAGGCAACAAGCGCUUGAGAGCUCGGUACCCACCGGGACAUAUCGUGGGAAAGACUUCCUUCUUUCUGCACGGUGAGGACGGUCUUGUAGAUCACAAGAUGCUGCCCAUGCUGCAGGUAUCAUCCCGCAUGUCCGGGUAUGCAGAGGUCUGGGAGCUACGCCGCUCUUCUUGGGAUAAAAUGCCCGAAGAUCUCAAGAGCAUCAUGGAGGGGCUUAUGUUGUUUCAGCUGGCGGAUGAUCGGCAGCACUCGCUUCUAAUUGAGUGA